GUGGGGAAGGCCCGCGGCCGCCGCCGCCAUUUCGGGCGCUGCUGGGAGCCUGACACCGGAGCCGGUCCGCUGGGCGGCGGGCGCCAGGGCUGGAGGGGCGCGCGUGGCGGCGGCGGCCCAGCGUGAAGGCGCGGAGGCGGCCAUGGCGGGCAACUUCGACUCGGAGGAACGGAGUAGCUGGUACUGGGGCCGCUUGAGCCGGCAGGAGGCGGUGGCGCUAUUGCAGGGCCAGCGGCACGGGGUGUUCCUGGUGCGGGACUCGAGCACCAGCCCCGGGGACUAUGUGCUCAGCGUCUCCGAGAACUCGCGUGUCUCCCACUACAUCAUCAACAGCAGCGGCCCGCGCCCUCCAGUGCCUCCGUCGCCCGCUCAGCCUCCGCCGGGAGUGAGUCCCUCCCGGCUCCGAAUAGGAGAUCAAGAAUUUGAUUCAUUGCCUGCUUUACUGGAAUUCUACAAAAUACACUAUUUGGACACUACAACAUUGAUAGAACCAGUUUCCAGAUCCAGGCAGGGUAGUGGAGUGAUUCUCAGGCAGGAGGAGGCAGAGUAUGUUCGAGCCCUUUUUGACUUUAAUGGGAAUGAUGAAGAAGAUCUUCCCUUUAAGAAAGGAGACAUCCUGAGAAUCCGGGAUAAGCCUGAAGAGCAGUGGUGGAAUGCAGAGGACAGCGAAGGAAAGAGGGGGAUGAUUCCAGUCCCUUACGUGGAGAAGUAUAGACCUGCCUCCGCCUCAGUAUCGGCUCUGAUUGGAGGUAACCAGGAGGGUUCCCACCCACAGCCACUGGGUGGGCCGGAGCCUGGGCCCUAUGCCCAACCCAGCGUCAACACUCCGCUCCCUAACCUCCAGAAUGGGCCCAUUUAUGCCAGGGUUAUCCAGAAGCGAGUCCCUAAUGCCUACGACAAGACAGCCUUGGCUUUGGAGGUCGGUGAGCUGGUAAAGGUUACGAAGAUUAAUGUGAGUGGUCAGUGGGAAGGGGAGUGUAAUGGCAAACGAGGUCACUUCCCAUUCACACAUGUCCGUCUGCUGGAUCAACAGAAUCCUGAUGAGGACUUCAGCUGAGUAUAGCUCAACAGUUGGCUGACAGAUGGGAACAAUCUGGUUUUUCCCCCAAUUGCCAUCUAUACAAUUUUCUUACAGGUGUCAAAAGCAGUCUAGUUUAUAUAAGCAUUCUGUUACCUGUGAUCUUUUUUAAGACUGAAUUACUCCAUUCUUACUCGUAUUUACCAUAUUCAGGGUACGAAACUGGAGGGCUUGUGUGGUUAACUUCUGAAUUGGCAAUUUUUGGUGAUAGUGGCCAUGCCUGUAUGAGAAGAGGUAAAUACCUUGCCUCCUUUCUCUUUGGCAGUAUAGAUCAACCUGUGGAAAACUGAUGGUCAGGAAAAGAAUGUUACACACUGCUUACCCUGAUUUCUUCAGUGGUUCUGUUUUCAUUCUGAAACCAUACUAUCAAAAGGCAGCAGACUGUUCCCUCCCACUCCCAUGAAGUAAUCAUGCACUGUGUGAAUAUUACCCAGUGGGAUUGCAUUUGCAUUUAUGGACCAUGACCAUUGUAUGACUCAUUCUGACAUUUCAAAUCCUGAGGAUUCUGAGAACACUACUAGAGGCAUUUGUCUUCCUUCCCAGUCAAUGCUUCAUACUUUUUCUUGGAUUCUUUCCUUGUUACUCUCUUCCCCUGUACCUGUAAGUGGCCUGAUUCUUAGGAUAGUGAAUAUCUUCAUUCCAGAUGAGAAGCAGGAUGUGCAGAGCACUUUAUUCAGUGCAUAGCUUUAAGCCAGUAUUGGAUUCACUCAGUGGAGAAACUCCCAGCUUUCUGCCUUCCCCCAAGGGGGCAUCAUAGGUUCACACUGCUACCACAGCUAAGAGACUCCUUGCUGAUGGAACGGAUCCGGCAGGGCCAUUUCUCCUGAUUACUAGUAUCCUAAUGGGAUACUUAAGAGUUCUCAGAUUCUACUUGGAGUGGAAGGACCAAUCCCAUAUUGUAUCCUGUAGAAGGUAUCAGGGGCCAAACUCUGCCCUCUGCAUCAUGUGCAAGUUGUAUAAAAGGCAGAUUAGAAUUCUAUGCAUUGGGGUAGGAUUAGUACUUUGAAAACUGUGCCAGUCAUAAAUUCCUUAUGUAUCAUUUUACAUGGUCAAAAUAGUUCUUGAAGUACAUUAUAUUAUAAAUUGCCUUCAUUUGGGUUUUCCUCUUGUCCAGAUUUAGUUUAUAAGCCCUUUAAAGUAUAGAAUGAUUUAUGUGGGGUCAGAUGCUCCAGAGAAUAGGCCUGUGAGGCCACAAAUGAUUUAGGGUUUCUUUAGACUGUAACAUGAGACUUUUGGGUGAUAAAGACACUUGCUGGUCUCUGGUGUGGUAUGACCAAUAGAAACACCUUAUACUUUGCUUUGAACCUCAUUUUAGAAAAAUAAUGUACCUUCUUAGUUGUCCUGUAUAGAUUAAUAUGAUGAACUUGCAUUCUUUGAACAUACACCAAAUCAUGGUAUUUCAGUGACUAGCACAUUGCUUAGCACAUGUGUGUAGAAAUUUUGUAUGAAAGAGUGAGCAGAGUGCAGAAGCUUGUUACAUGACCAGGGACACCAGUUGGCAUAGGAUUGCAUACAUUACCACAGGCAAACUAAUGACGCUAAUUUAAUACAUUUUUACCUCACUCUAAAGUAAAAACUUGAUAAAGACAUUAAAACUCAACUUUGGAGAUGUUGGCACAGUGCUAAGUACAUAGUAGGUGCUCGAUGAUGUUGAGUGGACAGAUUUGCAGUAUGUGGUAUAUUCCACCUGACUACUUGGUUCAGUUUUCAGUUAGUAUAGAUACUGUAAAUCCCAGUGCACAUUAAAUCUUGUUUUCCUAAGCCAGGCAUAGUGGCACACGCCUUUAGUCCUAGCACUCAAAGGCAGAUGGGUCUUUGAGUUAGAAGCCAGCCUGGUCUACAGAGCUACUUCUAGGACAGUCAGAGUUCCAAAGUGAGACCUUGUCUCAAAAACCAAAUAAAUUAAAUAAAAAAAAAAAAAAUCUGUCCCUGAAAUUAUGGCAUCUUAAUUCCUUGUAGAAAAUCCUUGUCACAGUUGAUUUGAAUGUUUGUAUUUUCUUUGCCUUUGCCUUUGAUGCUGGCUUGUACUGUCUUCAUUGUGUGUGGUGUUGAUGGGAUCAGAAGAACUCCUCAGUGACUAGUUGUUCAGAGCCAUUACACGAACUGUUGGUUGAAUUUGGCUGGGUGUAGCAGUUAUUGGACCUCAAGAGAUCAAAGGACUUCUUACAAAUAUCUUCCAAAAAUAGCAAGUGCUAGAAUCCUAGUCAAGUGCAUAUGUACAUUGUCACAGAGCAAAAUAAACUGAAAUUGGCUGCUAUGUUUUAUAUAAUCACUUCUGCAAGAGCCCAUUUUUGGAUACUAAUAUUUGACAUGGUUAAUUCUUAUUAAUUUGUUGGAAUUGUUUAUUAAUAAUGCAAAUAGAUAAUUUUAAUUUUCCACAAGUAACAUUUCACUAUUAAUGGUUUGAAAUGGGUGAUAAGCAAACCAAUUUGAAAUAAAAUAUGAACAUGUGCCAUUGUAUUAUAACACUAUACACUUUCUUGACAGUUAAAUUUUAAAAAAUGGUUUUUUUUUUGUAGCAUGUAUUGUAUAUGUUUAUAGUAUAUGUAGUAAAUAAAAGUAUGGCCAAAUGUUUGGCUUGGUGA